UCUCUCGGCUUCUCCGUCCUCCCCACCUUCUAUCCUGGCCGGGGAUCGCAAAGCCCCACCCCAUCCAUCCCCCGCUCAAGCCCUCCACUCCUCUGCUCCUGCAGCUAGCGAGCAGCCACGCUCUUGAGCUCACGGCGCGGCCGGGCAUGGCGGCUUGGUCCUUAGCGAGCGCGCCUCCAUAUCCUCCGGGACCGCGGCGGUCGGAGCCUGUGCCUGCCGCAACCGCGACUGCGACGGAGUCUGGUUGCUCCGCCGCGAGAGAUGAGCCCCGAGCUUUAGCAGCCUGUGAAGAAGAGGAGCAGAGUUUGGUUGCGACGCCGAGUUUUGAAAAUUGCUGGACCCUGUCAUUGAUACAACAACGGCAUCCAUCUAUAUAUGUCUGUAGCAUUGCAGCUGGGAUUAUCACUGCACGCAUCAACUAUAUACUCCUCUGUUUAGGUGCUGCUUUAGUUCUGCCUUCCCUCAUCCCUUCUGCACACUAGGAACUUUGAUGACACUCUCUUGCUUUACUCAAAAGGACAUAUUUUCCACAUCUUGACGACAAAGACAAUUUGAUUAAAUGUGUAAAGCAAGCACAUGCACUCCAAGAAUAAUACAAGGAUUUCAACAAUUUUCAGCAAGCCUGCAGAUGUGAUGUAAAAGGAUGGAAUUUUAUCUUAAGUGUUGAUUAUUGCAAAUAUACUGAUAUAUCAAAGUCAAACUGCAUGAAGAGAAAUGGUAGAGGUUGCUGUUCUUUUUGUCAUACAAAAGAUUGGAAUAGCUGUGGCAGGUGAAACACUAAAGUUAGCUAAACCCUUGCUUGGAAAGAAUUCUGAGUUGCAAAUGGCACUUCCAGUUAACAUGAAACUGAUAAAAGAUGAACUUGAGAUUAUUAAUGCAUUCCUUAAGGAAAUUGGCAUGAAGGGUUGCCAUGGUGAAGUUGAAGAAACUUGGAUAGGGCAAGUCCGAAGGUUGGCGUAUGAUAUGGAAGACAUUGUAGAUCAAUUUAUGUAUGUUGUUGGUGAAAACAAACAGAAAGAAUCAUGGGGUUGUGUGAAGAAAAUUUUGAAGAAACAUCAAUAUUUAUUUUCACUUGAUGAAAUCGCCACCAAAGCAGAUAUAAUAAACAAAGAGCUUAUGGAGCUUUCGAAAAGAAUAGGUCGUUGGACUGAACCAAUAUCUGGUUUGAGUUAUAUUCCUGCAACAAACUAUGACAGCGAACAACAACUUUAUCAACCUGUACAUGGUCAUUCAAUCAAAGAUGAUGAACUUGUAGGAAUUAAUAAAAAUAGAGAAAUCUUGAUGAAAUCGUUGCAUCUGGAAGAUUGCUCUCUUCGGAUCAUUGCUGUUUGGGGUAUGGGUGGCCUCGGGAAAAGCACCCUUGUCAAUAAUGUCUACAAAAAUGAAGCACUAAUAUCCAAUUUUGAUUGCCACGCAUGGGUUUCUGUUUCUCAGUCAUGUAAAAUUAUUGAUAUUUGGAGAAACAUGCUGGAAGUUAUCUAUGGAAAUAGAGCAUUCGAUGCUGGAAGUAUGGACAGUGCAGGACUAAGAGUGGAACUGAUGAAAAUUCUGAAUAAAAAGAGGUUCUUGAUCAUAUUGGAUGAUGUCUGGACGGCUGAAGUUCUUUUUAAAAUUAGAGAGGUUCUUGUCGAUAAUGGCCUGGGAAGCAGAAUAAUAAUCACGACAAGAAUUGAGGAAGUAGCUUCAAUAGCUGAGGAUGGUUGUAAGAUCAAGGUAGAGCCUCUUAAUGACCAUGAUGCAUGGCUUCUAUUUUGCAAGAAGGCAUUUCCAAAAACUAAAAAUCAUGUCUGCCCCACAGAACUAUAUCAGUGUGGUAAAGACAUAGUGGAGAAGUGCGAUGGUUUACCGUUAGCUCUUGUGGCAAUAGGGAGUUUAUUGUCCCUGAAAAAGAAGAGUGUUAAAGAUUGGAGGGUCUUUUAUAAUCAACUUAUAUGGGAGCUACACAACAAUGGGAGCCUAAAUCACGUGGCAAAAAUUCUAAAUCUAAGCUAUAAACACCUACCAAACUAUUUGAAGAAUUGUUUCUUGUAUUUUGCUCUUUUCCCAGAAGACCAUCCAAUACUUAGAAAAAAAUUGAUUAGAUUGUGGAUUGCUGAAGGGUUUAUUGAAGAAAAAGGAACAUGCAGUUUAGAAGACAUUGCUGAAGCUUACCUGGGAGAACUCGUCCAACGAAGUAUGCUUCAGGUUGUGAAGUGGAACAGUUUUGAUAGGAUUCAAUGUCUCCGUAUGCAUGAUCUUGUGCGUGAACUAGCCAUUUUCCAAUCUAAAAAGGAGAGUUUUAGUAUAACUUAUGAUGACAAUCAUGUGGUGGGACAGGUGGGAUUGGAUUCCCGUCGUGUGUCGGUGCUCCAGUGCAACAAGGGCAUUCUAUCAAGCAUAUGUCCAUCCAGGCAUCGCACAUUCAUAUUAUUUGACACCAGCAUGGCAUUAUCUUCAUGGUAUUCUUUUAUUUUCUCGGAAUCUAAGUACCUUACAGUAUUAGAAUUAUCCGGCUUGCCUAUUGAGGCUAUUCCCACUUCAGUUGGAGAGCUCUUCAACCUCAGGUAUUUGUGCCUAGAUGACACAAAUGUGAAGGAACUCCCUAAAUCUAUUACAAAGCUUCACAAUUUACAAACAUUGAGCCUUGAACGUACACAAGCACUGAGUUUUCCACGAGGGUUUUUAAAACUGAAGAAAUUGCGUCACCUCCUUAUUUGGAAAUUGCUAGAUGCAACAUACAGAAGUUUCCAUAAUUGGGAACCUAUGGAGCCAUUUGAGGGCUUGUGGAAUCUGAAGGAAUUGCAGUCUUUGAACGAAGUUCGAGCAACUAAAGUCUUUGUUGCCAAACUUGGAUAUUUAUCCCAGCUGAGGUCUGUUUCCGUUACUUAUGUGAGAAGUAGCCAUUGUGCACAACUGUGCUACUCUUUAUCAAAGAUGCACCAGCUUACAAGAUUACACAUAAGAGCAAGCAACGAAGAUGAGCUCCUCCUGCUGGAAGAUUUGACAUUGCAAAAUCCUCUUGAAAAGCUCGAAUUGGUAGGGCGGUUGUCUGAAGGAACUUUGAAAUCUCCAUUUUUCUCUACUCAUGGAAAUCAACUUCUUCAAAUAGAGUUAUCAUGGUGUCAGCUCAUAGAGAAUCCAGUAGCACAGCUUUCUGGAUUUUCAAAUUUAACUGAAUUACGUCUUACAAGGGCAUACACUGGACAGCAGCUAAACUUUCAUGGAACGUGGUUCCAAAAAUUGAAGAACGUUGUAUUGUGGGAUUUGCCGCAAGUCAAUCAAAUAUGCAUACAUGAGGGAGCUUUGGUCAGCCUUGAAAGUCUUCACAUCAAUGGCCUCAAGGAAUUGCGGGACGUUCCUAUUGGUAUUGAAUUUCUCAAUUCUAUCAAGGAGGCAUACUUUACCAGGAUGCAUUCUGAUUUUGUAAGGAACCUUCAAAUGGGAAAGGUAAAUCAUAUUCCGAAGGUCUACUGGUCAACACAAGGUGUGUCCACAGGUGAAACAGAAGCUGCUAACCUGCCCGGACCAUCCAGCACCACGCCACAGUGGCGAUUGUUAGGUCCGUCAGGUUGGGUCGUCAUCUAACCCAGCUUGCAAAAAGACGGUGAUUGGCAACUUCAAGGGCCGCUGGGAUUUAUCGUUGUAAUCUUCUUCAACAGAAAGCAGCUCUUCUCCACUAUAAGCAGCUUGUCCAUCGUCAGAACUCGGAGGCUUCAUCGGUGGACCACUUCCUUGUUGCCGUCACCCGAUGUCGGUGUCUGUCCUGCUAAAAUUACCAAAUCAGACUACCUCUGUAUUGAUUUGGAAAGAGAGAACUAAAAAGACAAAUCCAGAAAAUAGUGAGUGUUGCUAUGAUGCUAUCCCAUGGUUGAUGGUUUAUCAUUACAGUGUUCUCGGUUUUACAUUGUUCUUGUAGUUAACUCUAUUCUGGCUGCCAUCUGUGCUGUGUUAUGACGCUGGAAUUCCCGGCCUUCUUUGCUUUUU